CCAAAAUUAACACUAAAAAGAGUGUGUGAUACACGUUGGGAAUCAAAAAUUGAUGCAAUAAGGCCAAUACGGCAUAAAUUUGGAGAAAUUUAUGAUGCUUUGCUUCACAUUAAAGAAGAUUUGAAUUUAACUGGUUCACAUGGUCUGCAGACAAAAUCUGAUGCAUGUGCUCUCUUAAAAAAUAUCUGUGACUUUAAAUUUAUAUCCUCUGUCAUUGUUUGGUAUGAUAUAUUGAGUGCUGUUAACCCAAUAAGUAAACAAUUGCAAUCUAUACAUUAUGAUAUACAAAUGGCCCUUAAAAGUGUAUCAAAUAUUGUAAAGUUUUUAAAAGAAUACCGUCAAAAUGGGUUUCCCAAAGUUAAAAUAGCUGCAAAAGAAAUUGCUCUAUUAAUAGAAAUACCAGGACAAUUUCCUGAAGAAUAUCAACACGAAACAUUAUUAAAUCAUUGCAAAGAUUUGGCUAUUUUAUUAUCAGCAAAAGAAACAUCCGAUAUCGACGCAGUAGAACUAUUUGAAGAACUAAAAAUAUUUUGUCAACUUACUGAACCAAAUAGUUCUCCCAACAAAAAUCUUGAGCUUAUUUAUAAUAAAAAAUUACAAGAGAUUUACCCUAAUAUUACAAUUAGUUUGAGAAUCGUUCUAACGAUUCCGGUCACUGUAGCGUCAGCUGAGAGGAGUUUUUCUAAGUUGAAACUUAUUAAAAUCCACCCCAGAUCUACCAUGAGCAAUGAAAGGUUGACCGGGUUAGCAUUGUUAUCCAUUGAGUCCGAUUUGGCGCAAGAAUUGGAUUUAGAAGACAUCGUUCAAGACUUUGCUUCAAAAAAAGCAAGGAAAGUUAAUUUUUAG